AUGCCCGUUACUAUGAUUCUCGGCUCUUUUGUAGGAGGUAUGACAUCAGAGGGCAGUGGUGCUGUAGCAUUUCCAGUCAUGACAUUAGCUCUACACAUUGCACCCGGCAUAGCUAGGGAUUUCUCUUUGAUGAUACAAUCAUGCGGUAUGACUUCUGCGCUUAUGUGUGUGUUGUUCAUGCAGGUAAAAAUUGAACAUCGUGCCGUAAUCCUUGGAACCCUUGGAGCCGUUCCAGGAUUCAUCAUUGGAGUCCACUUUAUUGAUCCCCUCUUCACUGGACCACAGAAGAAAAUGAUGUUCGUAGCAAUUUGGACCUCUUUCGCUAUUGCGCUUGGAUUCAUCAUUGGAGUCCACUUUAUUGAUCCUCUCUUCACUGGACCACAGAAGAAAAUGAUGUUUGUGGCGAUUUGGACCUCUUUCGCUAUUGCACUUGGUAUCCUGAACUCACAAAAGAAGAGGCCAACAUUCAAAGAAAUCCCAGAGUUCUGCUUCUGGAAGGGAUUCGUGUUGUUCGUCACCGGAUUUGUAGGAGGUGUGUUUGAUGCAUUUGCCGGAUCUGGUGUCGAUAUUUGCAUCUUCUCAAUUAUCACUCUGCUCUUCCGUGUAACUGAGAAGACUGCCACACCUACUACAGUAUGCCUCAAAGGUAUUUUAUAGGA